AUGACAGUAAGGGAGGGAUGCUGUAAAAGCAGACGGAGCUCGUACGCACUCUCGUGUCGGUCUCUGGCAGACGGCUUUCCCGCCCAGCCCGGGGAGCGAAACUUCAUCCACUCCCAUGACACGGGAGCAGGCGCUCCAGCGGAGCCUCACUUUCUGGGCGCUGAGCGGGGCACCGGCCGGGUGCGCCCCGGCGCGGGCUGGCUGCUCUGGGAGCCGCCCGGGGUCAACAGAAGCACCAGAGCUUUUGAAGUUCUCAGCUUUGAUGCAGAACAGUUUAUCCACAGCAAGAUGACUGAAGAGGUGAUUGUCAUCGCCAAGUUUGACUACAUGGCCCAGCAGGACCAGGAGCUGGAUAUCAAGAAGAAUGAGCGUCUCUGGCUGCUCGACGACUCAAAGUCCUGGUGGAGAGUCCGAAAUGCCACCAACAAAACCGGCUUUGUGCCUUCAAACUACGUGGAGAGGAAGAACAGCGCCAGGAAGGCUUCCAUCGUCAAGAAUCUCAAAGACACGCUUGGAAUUGGGAAGAACAGAAAAGUGCCAGAGAUGAGGGACAAGUCCUCCAACGCCGAGAAUAUGAGCACCGACAACGGCGAGCGGCUGUACGACCUCAACCUGCCCGCCCUGGUCAAGUUCAGCUACACGGCGGAGCGCGAGGACGAGCUGUCGCUGGUGAAGGGCAUGCGCGUGGUGGUGCUGGAGAAGUGCAGCGACGGCUGGUGGCGCGUCAGCUACGGCGGGCGCUCUGGCUGGUUCCCCUCCAACUACGUGACGGAGGACGUGGACGGCAAGGCGGGGGGCUGCGUGCUCGGGGUGGGCGACCCGGCCGGAUCGCUGACGGAGAAGCUGGCGGCGGUGGUCAACAGCACCACCAACGGGAACCGCGUGCUGCACACGGUGCAGGCGCUCUACCCCUUCAGCUCGGGCAACGACGAGGAGCUGAACUUUGAGAAGGGCGAGGUGAUGGAGGUGGUGGAGAAGCCCGAGAACGACCCCGAGUGGUGGAAGUGCCGCAAGGCCGACGGACAGCUGGGCCUGGUGCCCAAGAACUACGUCAAUGUGCUGGACUCCAGCUCCCACAAACCCCCAGCAGGGCUGGCGGGGCCCCCCACGCCCGACUGCGACUACAUCUCCCCGUCAGGCAGCGGCCGCUUCGCCGGGAAGGAGUGGUACUACGGGAAGGUGACGCGCCACCAGGCCGAGGUGGCGCUCAACCAGAGGGGCACCGAGGGAGACUUCCUCAUCCGGGACAGCGAGUCAUCGCCAAACGACUUCUCCAUCUCCCUGAAGGCGCAGAGCAAGAACAAGCAUUUCAAGGUGCAGCUGAAGGAAAGCCUUUACUGCAUUGGACAGCGCAAGUUCAACUCCAUGGAGGAGCUUGUCGAACACUACAAAAAGGCCCCCAUCUUCACCAGCGAGCAGGGAGACAAACUGUACCUGGUCAAGGCCCUGGCCGCGUCCUGAUCCAUCUCCCACACGUGGAAACACACACACACACACACGCACACACAGACACACACCGAGUCGCACCCCUCGACACGUUAACGGCAUCCAUAGAUAACGCAGCUACUCACCCCAGAACACACACUAACAUUUCAGCUCCAAGCCUGAAGACUUAACACACCAUCAGGACUUGAACGGCCCGUUUGUGAGCAUUCCAAGAGGAGGUAUGGCAAAAGCAUGGGAGACAAAAAAAGACUGAGACCC